AUGGCCUCCAAACCUACCCUGAUCUUCUGCCCCGGGGCCUGGUACCCAACCACGGCCUUUGAGCCCCUGGUCGCCCACUUCCCUGACCACAGCACGUAUACCGUCGCCUUCCCCUCGAUCCAACAGGCUACCAGCGUCCAAGACCUACAGCCCGACAUUGACGCGCUCCGCACCCUAGUUGAGCAGGAAGCCAACGCAGGAAAGGACGUCGUCGUCAUCUCGCACAGCUGGUCUGGCCUACCCGUAAACAGCGCCCUGGAUGGUCUCAGCAAGACCGAGCGACAAGCCGCCGGCGAGACCGGUGGGGUAGCCAAAUUAAUCUUCAUCUCGGCCUUUAUCCCCGAAAUUGGUGAGAGCUUGAUCGGGGCCUUUGGUGGGGUUCCUCCCGACUGGUAUGACCGCGAUGUAAGUCAAUUAUAUAAUUAUCUUUCUCUUCCAAUCUCUUCUCUUCUCGGAUCCCCAUCUCACCCUCGACUGCAGGAGGCCAAUGGUACUGUAAGCGCCGUCGACCCAUAUAGUCUCUUCUUCCACGACGUCCCCGACGGCGAACAAUGGGCCCAGACCCUUCGUCCGCACGCUUGGGCGACUAAGAAUUCGCCCGCCACUAGCGCGGCCUAUACCCGCAUCCCUAGCGUAUAUCUUCAGUGCGAGAACGACCGUGCCAUCCCACUCUUCGUUCAGCAGUUGAUGGUGGAAAAGGCCCGCGGGAAGGGCGCCCAGAUGACAACGGAGAUCAUCGCCACGGGUCAUUCGCCGUGGCUUGUGGAUCCCACGCCCGUGGCUGAUUUUGUGCAGCGAAGCCUAGCGUAA